CAGCCAUGGGUGCUGCCAUGCCAUGUUGUGUUGUGAUGUGAUGUGUAAAAAUCUGUUGGCCAUCACAUCGCAACACAACGAUGGCACGUUUUGGCUCCACCUGGUCUGGCAUAGUCUGUGGACCGCGGAUUGACCUGCUAUGGAACAUGGGAUGAGAUGAGAAAUGGUUUCUCUCUUGCACUCUGUGAGCAAGUUCGCGACAGGGGUUGAGGUUGAGAGCUUCAGAGAAGAGUUUUGAGCGCCUACUCCACUCCAUUUACUCCUAGCAUUCGAAAGCUCAUACCCCUUCUCCCAGUCUUUUUCUACAGGCUGCUAUUACUGACAGUUAUGGCUGUCGCUGAUAUUACGGAUAUCGCGGUCAAUUCCCCCAGAGAACCUCCUACUCUCGCAAUUCUCUACGGCCCUUAUUUCGACUCCGUCGCGAACCUUUCUUUCAAAGCGAUCAUGGUCAAGGUGAAGCUUUUAGCGCAGCUGCAGCAGAAGCUGACCGCGUUAGGGUUUCGCGUAGAGAUUAAAAAAUCGGCGGCGAUUGGGCUGCUCGAAGUGACGGAUGGCCAAGAUUUUCUCGUGCAUCUCCGCAACGGCGACGAUGCGAAGUCGCUCCACAGGGAGAUCCGCCAAAACCGGUUCUACGCCGCUGCAAAUGCUACACGAUCGUCUGAUGCUUGUGAAUCUCGAGGGGACACUUAUAACGCGUAUGGAAGUCAACACGAGGACGGAUCCGAAAGUCCCGAAGCGCGCUCUCCUGCCAGUAUUAGCAACAGCGGCUUUAGCGGCGACGGAACCGGAAGUGGAAGCCCGUACGCAUGGGGAUUGGACAGCCGAGACGCGCGUUCACUGACGGUGGCGCACCUUGUGCUGUGCUUCUAUCAGAAGUGCUAUUGUGCCGAUGUGAAAAAACCGCAAGGAUCAAGUGGCCUUUCAAGAUGCGUAUCUGUAGUGUCCGUUCACUGAAAACAAAAACAAAAGCGUUAACGAGCGGAAGCAGGGAUCUGCGGCGAGCACCGCAUUCGGCGGCACAGUGAUGGCGUCAGCACGCGAGGCGGACGUGUCGUAUGUAGUGACUUGCUGGGGAGUCACGCACGGUGCAUGGUUCUAGGGAUGCCAAGACCCACUAGCAGCAUUGUACAGCACGCACAGCCUGACUAGGAGCCAAGCCUAGCGGUUUUGUUAUUUCCAGUUCCAAAUGCUUUCUGUUUUGAUGUAUAUUCUAUCUCCAUACACAAAUC